UUCUUGUUCUCUUCCAUUCGAUUUCUCUUCCAUACCAUGAUCAGUUCCAAGAAGCUCAUCAAGCUGGCUAAAAGAUGGCAGAAAUUUGCUGCCAUCAGAAGAAAGAGGAUUUCCUUUCCGGGGCAAAAUGAUGAUGGAGAUACCUGUAGUACCUCCACUGCAGUUAACAGGGGUCAUUUUGCCAUCUACACAGCUGAUCAAAAGCGGUUUGUUGUGCCUCUAUCUUAUCUCGAGAAUGAGAUUAUUAGGCAACUCUUAAACAUGUCUAAAGAAGAAUUUGGACUUCCAAGCAGUGGGCCUAUUACACUACCAUGUGAUGCAGCCUUCAUGGACUACAUCAUUUCACUUCUUAGCCGAGGCUUAUCCAGAGAACUCGAGAAUGCAUUGCUCAUCUCAGUUACUUCGUAUCGGUGUUCAUCAGCAUCACUGCACCCAGCAGGGCUGAGAAAUCAAGAAUUGAUAGUUUUCUAAAAUUAAUGUCAAUCAUUUUUGUAGACUAGGAACUCAGCUGUAUGGUAGCUCAAUACAUCAAGUGAAAUGUACAGAAAUCCAAGACUUGGGAUAUUUAUUUGUAUUUGCCAGACAAUAAGAUUUUGUUGAUACUUUUAAGCUUAAA